CGAGCGCGAGCGUCACCUCUUCCCUCACGCCCCGCCGUACCUACGUCGGACCUGUGCGCACAGCGCGCACAACGCAAUAUCGCCAGGUGUACCUGUCGCCUCGUUUGCGGCUGAUCCACGCCCGAAUACACCAUCCGAAUUCCGCUGCCACUUGUGUUUGUUUGUUGUUUUGUUUGUUUGUUCGUUCGUUUAUUUAUUUCGUUUUUAUUUUUUCAUUAUCGCGCGAGUGUCGUUACGUUGCUCGUUUGGCAGUGUCGCUUAUUUUCUUUCGUUGGAUUGUCGUCGAAUUUAUUAUCUAUUUUUGUCCGUUCGACAAUGACAGCUGUAAAUACAUGGAGCAAAUUAUCCGAUGAUUGGUACUGCGGUAUUCUUCGGUGAAAAGUAUCGCUGAUUUGGCCGCUUGCAAUUUCGAAACGAAAAGGGAAAAAAAGGCCGAGCAGAGAGGGGCAGAGUCAGUGGCAAUCGACACAUCAGUCGAAGGCUGUCUGACACGAGCCAGCGAUCGCAACAUGAAAGUAGAGAGCGGCGGAGUGGCUACGAGCAGCGGCGCGACCACGGUGCUGCACAAGAUCAAGGUCAAGGAAGAGGCCAAGGACUGCUGUCCGACUCUCAUCCAGCAAGGCUCGUCGGCGCCCGUCACGGUCACGUCCUCGUCGUCGCCGCCGCCGAGGAUAGGCGCCAUCGCCACCAUUACCAUCAGCAACUGCGGCAGCGAACUCGCCGCGGUCGCCAAGCACACUGCCGGCGACGCUUUCCCCGUCGAUCUCGAUCUCAAGAGCCGAGCCAAAGCGCAAACAUGCGACAAAAUUCCACCACGAGAGGAUGCGAACGGUACGGAAAGUCGUGGAUCCUCGUCACCUUCGCCAUCGUCAUCGCCAAGCUCGCAGUACGCCCAACCGACGAAGUCGCAAACCGCGCGCGCCAACUCGUCCUCUUCGGCCCGCUCGCCGGAAAGUGACGACCAAGGCGCAACUUUGCAAAUCCACAAAAGUGAAUCUCAGACGAGCGAGGACGUCACGGGGGCGGCGACCAACGAUCAUCGACUGGACGAGCCGAAAAGCGAAACUAACGGCACCUCCGGCGCUCGAUGUAUUUCGGCUAUUUUCACGGCGCACAGUAAGCUCAGAAGGUUACUCGGCACCCUUGUACAGUUUGCCACAGAUAUAUCGCCGGACACGGGUGGCAGUGUGAAAGCUUUGGUGCUUAAUCUGUUGAGUGGAUCUCUGUCGGCCGAAGAAUUCCACUCGGCGCUACAGGAGGCGACGAAUUUCCCUCUGCGCGGAUUUGUGCUGCCGUACCUGAAGCACAAUCUGCCCUCGUUGCAGCGGGAUCUCAGCACAGCUGCCAGAACGGAUAACCAAACGUGCACGCAGUACCUGCGUGCCAACGAGAGCGCGAUCCUCGAAGCUGUGGGUCUCACCGAGUCAGCGGUCGAGCUUUUCGCGCCGCCACCGCCGCCCACGGUGGUCUCCAGUGCCAGUCUGCACCACCAUCACUACGCCAGCGCGAUGAGACCGCUGGUACCCAGUGCCGCCUCCACCCCGGCGCCGAGUGUCGCCGCGCACCUCGGCUUCGCCGCUGCGCACGGCCUCAAGAGGAGGGCCUCCGACGCGCUCUACUACGAGAACGGUGCAGCAUUCGACGAGGGCCCGCCAUACGCAAAGCGCUCUGCCAAUCCAUGGACAUCGCACUCUCACCAUCACAAUCAACAACCACAGCAGCAUCACCAUCUGGCACAUCUGUCGCAUCAUCAGCAGCAGCAGCAGCAGCAGCAAUCAGCUCAUCCAGAUACAGCUCCGUACUGCUGGUACACUCAGCCCCUGCACUCGUCGGUCGCGGCAGCGGCGGUAGGUCAUCCGCUUGUCCCCAACCUCGUGCAAGCUGGCGCCAGUUACGGCCCGCUGACCCAGUCGCAGUCUCACCUGCCACCCUCCCAUCAGCCGACUAUCGCUCACGGAAGUACGCCCGCAUCGAGCUCAGCGUCGGCGCACAGCGGCUCGGACGACGAGUGGAAGAACAUCCACGUGAUGUUGAACUGCAUCCUGGGCAUGGUGGAGAAGACGAAGCGCGCAUUGGCGAUACUGCAGAAGCGCGGAUGCACGAGUCCGGCAGCGCCGGCGACCGGAGCGUCGAGCGCCACGAGCAGCCUGCAAGCGCCAACCCCGGCGCAGACGAACGGGGCCCAGUCGAACGGCGAGAACGCCACGGCGGCGGACAGAGACGGCACGUUCAAGCGACUCUCGGGGGAGAUCGUCGCGCAAACCAUCCGAGCUACGGAAGACCGCGUGGCCGAAGUGAAGAGACGCGCCGAGGAAGCCGUGCAGGAGGUGAAACGGGCCGCGAUGGCCGAGGUGCAGCGAGCGGUCGCUGCGGCGAUGGCGGAGUCGCGCGCGACCGAGCGCUUGCGAAGUCAGCGCUACCUCGACAACCUGCCGCUCAGCCAGCAGCAGCAGCAGCGUACGGCUCAGCAGGUCAUCCGACCGAAUUCGUUCCUGCGCCUGGCCGAGACAACUGCCUCGUCGGCGAGGACUGCCGGGGCGACGUCCGCCGCCGCGGCUGUCACCGCUACCUCGUCGAGCAGCGACGACGUGGACAAGGAGCCCCACCUCGGCAACGCGAUAGGAUCGAGCUGCUGGAAUUGCGGCCGAGCAGCCUUGGAAACCUGCGGCGGCUGCGGGAUCGCGCGCUACUGCGGUUCCUUCUGCCAGCACCGAGACUGGGAAGCCGGCGGUCAUCACGCCACCUGCCGAUCGACGUCGUCGUCCACCGAGCAGCACCAGCAGGCACACCAAGAGCGUGGCGGAUCGACGACGCCGAGCCCACCGAGGACUGGCAGUGCUGCGAGCGACUCCGAUGUCACUAAAACUGCGACUUCGUCAACCUCGUCCGCGAGCUCGGUCCGCUCUGUCAAGUGA